GCGGGGCGAGCACCGGUUAGAGAAGGCAGGCCUGGAGUGCUGUAGGGCAUGGUUGAGUGACGAAGAAGGCUGCGAGCGAACGCGCCUGCGAGGGAGACCGAAAUGUCUAUGGCGGUGGAGGGCGAACGACAUGCGGACGAGCUCAGUGCGCCUCGUCGCGAACAUGUCGCGCAGUAUAAAGCCUGAGUUCGGGGUUUAGGGAGGUUUGCGAGGUGUCCUCGAGAGUUAGGGCCGGGUUGAUCAGCGGGAAGGCCGGACAGGGCUCGAAUGACUUGUUGUGGCGAACGGGAGUCUGGCAGUAGGGUUUAGACACAUUGGAGCACGGAUUUGCGAGCGAACACGGGGCUGUCAAUUUUCCUUCGGGAUUGUUUCAGUGCGGAAGUAAAGGAGGCUCGAAUUGACGGGGAUUGUGGUCCAACAUGAUGCGGGGAGGGCCUUUGCCCGUUCCUCCGGGAACACAUAUGGCUCCACUCCCGACCCCGAUCCCUCCCCCACCACUACCUCCUGCUGCUCCAGCUCCUGUGCCAGCAGGUACGCCUCAAGAUAUCGAGGCAAGGUUAGAGGAGAAAGCUCGCAAGUGGAUGCAGCUGAACACAAAACGAUAUGGAGAGAAGCGGAAGUUUGGCUUCGUGGAAACGCAGAAGGAGGAUAUGCCUCCGGAACACGUUCGAAAAAUCAUCAGGGACCACGGGGAUAUGUCAUCCAAGAAGUAUCGCCAUGACAAGCGGGUCUAUCUUGGUGCUCUUAAGUUUGUACCGCAUGCCGUUUACAAACUUUUGGAGAACAUGCCAAUGCCUUGGGAACAGGUUCGCAACGUUCGAGUUCUCUAUCACAUCACAGGUGCCAUCACGUUUGUUGAUGAGAUACCAUGGGUGGUGGAACCCAUUUUCUUGGCUCAGUGGGGCACAAUGUGGAUCAUGAUGAGACGUGAAAAGAGGGAUCGCAGACAUUUCAAGCGAAUGCGUUUUCCUCCUUUUGAUGAUGAGGAGCCCCCGCUAGAUUAUGCAGACAAUUUGUUAGAUGUUGACCCUUUAGAACCCAUUCAAUUAGAGCUUGAUGAGGAGGAAGAUUCGGCUGUGUACGUCUGGUUUUAUGACCACAAGCCGUUGGUAAAGACUAAGUUGAUCAAUGGUCCCAGCUACAAGAGGUGGCAUUUAUCGCUUCCUAUCAUGGCAGCCUUACAUCGACUGGCAGGGCAGCUUCUUAGUGAUCUAACAGAUAGAAACUAUUUCUAUCUUUUCGACAUGGAAUCUUUCUUCACUGCCAAAGCCCUCAAUAUGUGUAUACCAGGAGGUCCGAAGUUUGAGCCUCUCUACAGAGAUAUGGAGAAAGGAGACGAAGACUGGAACGAGUUCAAUGAUAUCAACAAGUUGAUCAUACGUUCCCCUUUGAGGACAGAGUAUAAGAUCGCAUUUCCUCACUUGUACAACAAUAGACCACGCAAAGUUAGAUUGGGCAUUUAUCACACGCCCAUGGUCAUGUACAUAAAGACAGAAGACCCUGAUCUACCUGCUUUUUAUUUUGAUCCUUUGAUACAUCCGAUCGCCUUUUACAAGACCGAUCGACGAGAAAGGAAGACAAUUGAGGAUGAUGAAGAUGAGGCUGAUGCAUUCACUCUCCCAGAUGGAGUGGAACCACUACUUCAGAACACACCGCAGUACACCGACACUACUGCAGCAGGAAUAGCCUUGUUGUUUGCUCCUCGCCCUUUUAAUAUGCGUUCCGGAAGGAUGCGACGUGCACAGGAUAUCCCUCUUGUCUCAGACUGGUACAAGGAGCAUUGCCCUCCAACGUACCCAGUCAAAGUGCGUGUGAGCUACCAGAAACUUCUGAAAUGUUUUGUGUUGAACGAGCUGCACCACAGACCACCCAAAGGUCAGAAGAAGAAGUACCUGUUCAGAUCUCUUCGAGCCACGAAGUUUUUCCAAACAACAGAGUUAGACUGGGCCGAGGCUGGACUGCAGGUCUGCAAGCAGGGAUACAAUAUGUUGAAUCUGUUGAUCCAUCGCAAGAAUUUGAACUAUCUUCAUCUCGAUUAUAAUUUCAAUUUGAAGCCAGUUAAAACACUUACGACCAAGGAGCGAAAAAAGUCAAGGUUUGGAAACGCUUUCCAUCUGUGCCGUGAAAUCUUGCGUCUCACGAAGCUGGUUGUUGACGCAAACAUUCAGUUUCGUUUGGGUAACGUGGAUGCUUAUCAGUUAGCUGAUGGUCUACAAUACACAUUUUCCCAUGUGGGGCAACUCACCGGUAUGUACCGUUACAAGUACAGACUUAUGCGUCAAAUAAGAAUGUGUAAGGAUUUGAAGCAUCUCAUCUAUUACCGGUUUAACACUGGUCCGGUGGGUAAAGGUCCUGGUUGUGGGUUCUGGGCCCCUAUGUGGAGAGUAUGGCUCUUCUUUCUGCGUGGUGUAGUUCCCUUGUUGGAAAGGUGGCUCGGGAAUUUGCUUGCUCGACAAUUUGAGGGUCGCCAUUCGAAGGGUGUGGCGAAGACAGUUACCAAGCAGCGGGUUGAAAGUCAUUUUGAUCUUGAGCUGAGAGCAGCUGUUAUGCACGAUGUACUUGAUGCGAUGCCAGAGGGAAUCAAACAAAAUAAGGCUCGAACUAUUCUUCAGCAUUUGAGCGAAGCUUGGCGAUGCUGGAAAGCUAACAUCCCUUGGAAGGUUCCAGGAUUACCCGUUCCUAUCGAAAACAUGAUUCUCCGAUAUGUCAAGUCCAAGGCCGAUUGGUGGACAAAUGUUGCACAUUACAACCGUGAGCGUAUUCGCCGUGGAGCGACAGUCGAUAAGACUGUGUGUCGCAAGAACCUUGGAAGGUUAACAAGAUUGUGGUUGAAGGCUGAGCAGGAGCGUCAGCAUAAUUAUCUUAAGGAUGGACCUUACGUCACACCUGAGGAAGCAGUUGCAAUCUAUACGACUACCGUUCAUUGGCUGGAAUCACGAAAAUUUUCCCCUAUACCUUUCCCACCCUUGUCUUACAAGCAUGACACCAAGCUCCUGAUUCUUGCUUUGGAAAGAUUGAAGGAGUCAUAUAGUGUGGCGGUUCGAUUGAAUCAACAACAAAGAGAAGAGCUUGGUUUGAUUGAACAGGCUUAUGAUAACCCUCACGAAGCUCUCUCCCGAAUUAAAAGACAUCUACUUACACAGCGUGCAUUCAAGGAGGUGGGAAUCGAGUUCAUGGAUCUUUACAGUCAUUUGAUCCCAGUGUAUGAAAUCGAACCCUUGGAGAAAAUUACAGAUGCUUAUCUGGACCAGUAUCUGUGGUACGAGGGUGACAAGAGACACCUCUUUCCCAACUGGAUAAAGCCUGCCGACUCCGAACCUCCCCCUUUACUAGUCUACAAAUGGUGCCAAGGCAUCAAUAAUCUGCAAGACAUUUGGGACACUAGUGAAGGUGAAUGCGUGGUGAUGCUGCAAACGAAGUUCGAGAAGUUUUUCGAUAAGAUCGAUCUUACCAUGCUGAACAGGCUGCUUCGUUUGGUGCUUGAUCAUAAUAUUGCCGAUUAUGUCACCGCGAAGAACAACGUUGUCCUUUCCUACAAGGACAUGAGUCACACAAACUCAUACGGUCUUCUCCGGGGUUUACAAUUUGCGUCAUUCGUAGUUCAAUACUACGGUCUAGUCCUGGAUCUUCUGGUUUUGGGAUUAACACGCGCUAGUGAGAUUGCUGGACCACCUCAAAUGCCUAAUGAGUUCAUAACUUUUUGGGACGUUAAGGUCGAAACUCGACAUCCCAUCAGGUUGUAUUCAAGAUAUAUUGAUAAGGUGCACAUUCUGUUCCGUUUUACACACGAAGAGGCUAGGGACUUGAUCCAGCGAUACUUGACGGAGCAUCCUGAUCCAAACAAUGAGAACAUAGUCGGGUACAACAAUAAAAAGUGUUGGCCCAGAGACGCUCGGAUGAGACUCAUGAAGCAUGAUGUGAAUCUUGGGAGGAGUGUGUUCUGGGAUAUAAAGAACAGGCUACCUCGAAGUAUUACUACUUUGGAGUGGGAGAACAGCUUCGUGUCUGUCUACAGCAAAGAUAACCCGAAUCUUUUGUUCAGCAUGUGUGGAUUCGAGGUUAGGAUUCUCCCGAAGUCGCGGAUGUCUCAGGAGGCUUUCGGGAGUAAAGAUGGAGUUUGGAACUUGCAAAACGAGCAAACCAAAGAACGGACGGCUAUGGCAUAUUUGCGUGUCGAUGACGAACACAUGAAAGUUUUUGAGAAUCGUGUUCGUCAGAUUCUCAUGUCGUCAGGAUCUACAACUUUCACGAAGAUUGUGAACAAGUGGAAUACAGCUCUCAUUGGUCUUAUGACCUAUUUUCGUGAAGCGACAGUUCACACCCAGGAGCUACUUGAUUUACUGGUGAAGUGCGAGAACAAAAUCCAGACUCGUAUCAAGAUUGGUUUGAAUUCCAAAAUGCCCAGCAGGUUUCCUCCUGUCAUCUUCUAUACGCCAAAGGAGAUUGGUGGGUUGGGUAUGCUCUCUAUGGGUCACAUUUUGAUACCUCAAAGUGAUCUGAGGUACAGUCAGCAGACUGAUGUUGGAGUGACACACUUCCGGAGCGGUAUGAGUCAUGAGGACGAACAAUUGAUUCCAAAUCUUUACCGUUACAUACAGCCCUGGGAGAGCGAAUUUAUCGAUUCUCAACGUGUUUGGGCCGAGUAUGCACUGAAGCGACAAGAGGCCCAGGCGCAAAAUCGCAGAUUAACACUUGAGGAUCUUGAGGACUCUUGGGAUAGAGGUAUUCCUCGAAUCAAUACCUUGUUUCAAAAGGACCGACACACGCUCGCUUACGACAAGGGAUGGCGUGUAAGAACUGACUUUAAACAGUUCCAAGUAUUGAAGCAAAAUCCUUUUUGGUGGACUCACCAGCGACACGACGGGAAGCUAUGGAAUCUGAACAAUUAUCGUACUGAUGUCAUACAAGCUCUUGGAGGAGUGGAAGGAAUCUUGGAACAUACGUUGUUCAAAGGAACUUACUUCCCCACAUGGGAGGGACUCUUUUGGGAGAAAGCUUCAGGUUUCGAAGAAUCGAUGAAGUACAAGAAGCUAACAAAUGCACAGCGAUCUGGUUUAAAUCAAAUUCCAAAUCGUCGUUUCACUCUGUGGUGGUCACCUACGAUAAAUCGCGCCAAUGUUUACGUUGGUUUUCAGGUGCAAUUGGAUCUGACCGGCAUAUUCAUGCACGGAAAGAUUCCGACUUUGAAAAUUUCUCUCAUCCAGAUCUUCCGAGCUCAUUUGUGGCAGAAAGUACACGAAAGUGUGGUCAUGGAUCUUUGCCAAGUUCUUGAUCAGGAGCUCGACGCCCUUGAGAUUGAAACUGUGCAAAAGGAAACAAUUCAUCCUCGUAAGAGUUAUAAAAUGAAUAGUUCUUGUGCCGACAUCCUUCUCUUCGCUGCGUACAAGUGGCCUAUGAGUAAGCCCAGCCUGGUUGCUGAAUCGAAAGAUGUUUUCGAUCAAAAGGCCAGUAACAAAUAUUGGAUAGAUGUCCAGUUACGAUGGGGUGACUACGAUUCCCAUGAUAUCGAGCGGUACACGAGGGCGAAGUUUCUUGAUUACACCACAGACAAUAUGUCAAUUUAUCCAGCCCCGACAGGGGUGAUGAUUGGUCUGGAUCUUGCGUAUAAUCUGCAUUCAGCUUUUGGAAAUUGGUUCCCGGGUUCCAAGCCUCUCUUCGCCCAGGCAAUUAACAAGAUCAUGAAGGCAAAUCCGGCACUGUACGUUUUAAGAGAACGCGUGAGGAAAGGACUUCAGCUUUACUCAUCCGAACCUACAGAGCCUUACUUGUCUUCUCAAAACUAUGGGGAGCUGUUUAGUAACCAGAUUAUUUGGUUCGUCGAUGACACCAACGUGUAUCGAGUUACGAUCCACAAAACAUUCGAGGGAAAUCUUACUACGAAACCUAUCAAUGGAGCUAUUUUCAUCUUCAAUCCAAGGACGGGGCAGCUGUUUUUGAAGGUCAUCCACACGAGUGUCUGGGCGGGACAAAAACGUCUUGGUCAGUUAGCCAAGUGGAAAACAGCAGAGGAAGUUGCAGCGUUGGUUCGGUCCCUGCCUGUUGAGGAGCAACCGAAGCAGAUUAUUGUCACCCGUAAGGGAAUGCUUGAUCCUCUGGAGGUCCAUUUGCUUGAUUUUCCUAAUAUUGUUAUUAAGGGAAGCGAGCUUCAGCUGCCAUUCCAAGCUUGUCUGAAAAUUGAGAAGUUUGGUGACCUUAUCUUGAAAGCCACUGAACCCCAGAUGGUCCUCUUCAACAUCUACGAUGAUUGGUUGAAAACUAUUUCAUCAUAUACAGCAUUUUCGCGGCUCAUUCUCAUUCUCCGUGCUCUUCAUGUGAAUAAUGAGAAAGCCAAGAUGCUCUUGAAGCCAGACAAAACAGUGAUCACCGAAUCACACCAUAUCUGGCCCAACCUCAGCGAUGAUCAGUGGACAAAAGUGGAAGUUGCGUUAAGAGACCUGAUUCUGUCUGAUUAUGCAAAGAAGAACAAUGUGAAUACCUCAGCCCUCACCCAAUCAGAGAUCAGAGAUAUCAUUCUCGGUGCAGAAAUUACUCCACCGUCUCAACAACGUCAACAAAUUGCUGAGAUCGAGAAGCAGGCUAAGGAAGCAAGUCAGCUUACGGCAGUGACAACGAAGACAACGAAUGUCCAUGGAGACGAGUUGAUUGUGACCACCACAAGUCCGUAUGAGCAAGCUGCCUUUGGCUCAAAAACAGACUGGCGUGUCAGGGCCAUUUCAGCCACUAAUCUCUAUCUGCGUGUUAAUCACAUUUACGUCAACUCUGAUGACAUAAAGGAAGCGGGAUAUACCUACAUCAUGCCGAAAAAUAUUCUGAAGAAGUUUAUUUGUAUCGCCGACUUGCGGACUCAGAUUGCUGGCUACAUGUAUGGUGUUAGCCCUCCUGACAACCCUCAGGUGAAGGAGAUUCGUUGCAUUGUGAUGCCGCCACAAUGGGGUACUCAUCAGCAAGUGCAUCUGCCGUCUGCUCUACCAGAGCACGAGUUCUUAAACGACUUGGAACCUUUGGGUUGGCUUCACACUCAACCUAACGAGCUACCGCAGUUAUCUCCCCAGGAUUUGACCUGCCACGCUAGGAUCUUGGAGAAUAACAAGCAGUGGGACGGGGAAAAAUGUAUUAUCCUCACGUGUAGUUUCACACCCGGGUCCUGCUCGUUAACUGCUUACAAACUAACUCCAACGGGUUAUGAGUGGGGCCGUCUAAACAAGGACAGUGGUAGCAACCCUCACGGUUACCUGCCAACUCAUUACGAAAAGGUUCAAAUGCUCCUCAGCGACCGCUUUCUGGGCUUUUACAUGGCACCUGACAACGGUCCGUGGAACUACAACUUCAUGGGUGUGAAACAUUCACUUGGCAUGAAGUACGGCAUCAAGCUCACCACACCGAGAGAAUUUUACCAUGAAGACCAUCGACCUACCCACUUCUUGGAGUUCAGCAACAUUGAGGAGACGGAACAUGCCGAGGGUGAUAGGGAGGAUGUCUUUACGUAGCUGACAUAACUUUUCGGAUUUUCAGAGUAGAAAUCCUUGUGAAGACUAACUUGUACAAUUUACUUCUACUUUUCCUUCCACAUAUUGUUAGCAUCGUUCGUCAUUGUACAACAUGUUAUACGAGAGUCAUGUGAUACUCCUAACGGAAACCGAAACUGCGAUCAAGUAUUGGAGUUUUGGAUUGUAUAAAUAUCUCGAUCAGAGCCACUGGCCUUUUUCAAGUUUUGAAUUAAUGUUUCUCGGCACCCGCGU